AUGGGUUCUACUUGUCAAGAGAUAUUGAGGAGCCUUUGCUCUAACACGGUUUGGAAGUAUGCUGUGUUCUGGAAACUUAAUCAUCGAUCUCGAAUGGUACUUACCUUGGAGGAUGCUUACUAUGACAAUCAUGGGCAGAAUAACUCUUCGGAAGUUAAGGGUUGCAGCGUUAUACCAAAAAACACGCAUGGAGGACACGACCCCCUGGGUUUAGCUGUGGCGAAGAUGUCUUAUCAUGUCUAUUCUCUAGGGGAAGGGAUUGUAGGACAAGUUGCAGUUUCUGGAGGACAUCAAUGGGUAUUCCCUGAAUAUUAUGACAACUGUCAUUCAGCAUUUGAGUUUCAAAACGUUUGGGAGAGUCAAAUAUCUGCUGGAAUUAAGACCAUUCUUGUAGUAGCUGCUGGUCCCUGUGGAGUUGUGCAGCUAGGCUCUUUGCGUAAAGUUGAUGAAGAUGCGACUUUGGUGAAUCAUAUCCGACAUUUGUUUUUGGCACUUAAGGAUCCACUGGCAGAUCAUGCAGCAAAUUUAAUGCAAUGUAAUAUGAACGAUUCAUUAUGUCUGCCAAAAAUACCUUCUGAAUGUUUACGCGUUGAGGCUUUCCCUGAUUGCUCUGGAGAAGUUGAGAAAGCAAUGGAUGUGGAAGAGUCGAAUAUACUAACUCAGUACAAAACUAGAAGAAGUGAUAGCAUGCCAUACAAUACUCCUUCUUCAUGUCGUCUUAUGGAGAAGGCAGCUCAAGGAAUUGGUGGUCAUGAUGGGCAAGGGAGCUAUAGCGGUGUUACGUUUGGCUUUCCAACUGACUUGGUUGAUGCCAAACAUGAGAAUCAAGUGGGUACAAAUGUAAUAAGUGAUGCAACUCAUGUGGGGAUGACUAGUGGCUGCACAGAUCCAAGAGGAUUAGAUCCUAAUUUACAUAUGUAUUUGAAGAAUCAUGUGCUCAACAACCCAAGCUCAUCUGCUUUAGCAACUGAGGGUGAAAGAUUGAUGACAGGCCAAUCAUAUCCAGGCGUGGACUCAACUUUUCAUGCUUCGUCGAGUUCUCACCGAAAUGAAGUAUUCCAACUAUCUGAGAACCAGGGAAAUAAGUACCUAAAAGAGUCUGAGCUGCUGGAGAGGAAAUUCGAGUCAAGUCGAUUUGAUGAUUUGAUCUCAUCUGGGUAUACUUUUGCUGGCAGCGAGCUGCUAGAGGCAUUAGGCUCUGGUUUCAUGCAAACGAGCACUGGUCAUGAGGGGCUAGUGAAAUCUGAACGUGGUUCAGCCAUAAGACCAACAGAUGACAUGAGUCAUAGCCAACUCACAUUUGACUCUGCACCUGAGAAUCUUCUAGAUGCUGUGGUUGCUAAUGUGUGUCACAGCGAUGGCAGUGCUAGGGAUGAUAUAUUUUCUAGCAGAUCGGUACAUUCAUUGCUUACCAGCAUGGAAAUGGCAGAACCCUCAGGUCAAAAGAAGCAUAUAGCUGUUAACUCAAUUGAUAAUGCUAUGAAUCAGCUGCCACUAACAGAGGUGGAUACCCAACAUAAUCCAUCAGAUAUCUGUGGAGCAUUUUCUUCGAUUGGGUUCUCAUCCACGUGUCCCAGUUCCUCUAGUGAUCAGUUUCAGACAUCCCUGGAGAUGCCCAAGAAGAACAAAAAGAGAGCUAAACCUGGUGAAAGUUCUCGGCCUCGCCCAAGAGACAGACAACUCAUUCAGGAUCGGAUCAAAGAACUUAGAGAACUUGUGCCUAAUGGAUCUAAGUGCAGUAUUGAUUCUUUGCUAGAACGCACGAUCAAGCACAUGCUGUUUUUGCAGAAUGUUACUAAGCAUGCCGACAAGCUCAGUAAAAGUGCUACUACAAAGAUGCAACAAAAGGAAACUGGCACGCAAGGUUCAAGCUGCGCAGUGGAGGUUGGAGGCCAUCUUCAAGUGUCCUCAAUUAUCGUAGAGAAUCUGAACAAGCAUGGGUUGGUGCUUAUCGAGAUGUUAUGUGAAGAAUGUAGCCAUUUUCUCGAGAUAGCAAACGUGAUAAAGAGCUUGGACCUUGUCAUCCUAAGAGGCCUCACCGAGACUCAUGGCGAGAAAACAUGGAUAUGCUUUGUAGUUGAGAGCCAAAACAACAAAGUAAUGCAGAGGAUGGAUAUUUUGUGGUCUCUGGUGCAAAUAUUUCAGCCAAAAGCCAAUGGCAAGCAGCGGUAG